AUGGUGGGAAUGACGGAUAUAGCGUGCCUUCUGGUCCCGCUGCUGAUGAUGGCGAGCUCCAGCCUCCAGAGCGAAACCAAGAGCGCGAAAGAGGCGGAAAAGACCGGGAAUUUCAUGGAAGACGAGCAGUGGCUGUCCACCAUUUCACAGUACAGCCGCAAAAUCAAGCACUGGAAUCGCUUCAGAGACGAGGUAGAGGAUGAUUAUGUGCGUAACUGGGAUGAAAACCAAGGCUCCAAUGACAAUGUAGACACAACCAAGGACCCCUGUCAGAAGGUUAAGUGCAGCCGGCACAAGGUGUGUAUCGCCCAGGGCUACCAGAGGGCUGUGUGUGUCAACCGCAAGAAGCUGGAGCAUAGACUGAAGCAGCCGGCUCUCCGCUCUCCUGAUGGCAGCUGUCAGCCGUGUCCCAUCUCCUCCUCUGGACCUGUGUGCGGCUCCGACGGACACAACUACGCCUCCAAGUGCAAGCUGGAGCAGCAGGCUUGUCUUACAGGGAAGGAGCUGACGAUGAAGUGCUCGGGCCUGUGUCCUUGUCCCACCGCUGCACCCAGCCCCAAGGACGCCAAGCGUGAGAGCUGCACUGGGCAGGAUCUGGCUGAUCUGGGCGAGCGGCUGAGGGACUGGUUCCAGCUUCUGCAGAGCAACGCCAAACAAAACAACAACAGCACCAAGGCUGGGGCCAAGAGUAGCGUGCCCAGCUCCGGAUCAGUGCUGGAUCGGAGCCUGGGGGCCAGCUGUAAGGACUCCAUAGGCUGGAUGUUCUCUCGCCUGGACACUAACGGGGACUUGUACUUGGACCAGGCCGAGCUGGCAGCCAUUAACCUGGACAAGUAUGAGAUCUGCAUCCGGCCCUUCUUCAACUCCUGCGACUCCUACAAGGACGGAAAAGUGUCCACAGCCGAGUGGUGCCUGUGUUUCUGGAGGGAGAAACCUCCAUGUCUGGCUGAGCUGGAGAGAAUCCAAGUGCUGGAUGGAGGCAAGAGAAAGUUGGGCCGUUUUAUCCCCAGCUGCGAUGAGGACGGCUUCUACAGGAAGCAGCAGUGCGACCGGGGGGAGUGUUGGUGUGUGGACCAAGAGGGAGGAGAGAUGGCCGGCUCCAGGAUCAGAGGAAAGCCCGACUGCAGCGACGAGAUGACAUACUCAGGCGACUUCGGCAGCGGCGUGGGUUGGGAGGACGAGGAGGAGAAGGAGACUGCGGAGGAAGCCGAGGAGGAGGAGGGUGAGGCCGGAGAGGUGGAUGACGGAGGAUACAUCUGGUAG